CCGCUAUGUGACUUGGUUUACUCGUAUGAAUGUCAGCCUUUUUUUCCACUUUUAUGAGAGUGGGAGGAUUGUGAUAUCUGGGAUAUAAACUAUUUCUCGCCUUACAGACUUUUUUUUUUGUUUUAGAAAAAACGAUUUCAGACAUGGCUGAAGAAUCUUCGAAGUUAUUGUUGAAAACUAGUUUCAAAUCGAUCAAGACGAUCGAAUCGAUUUACACUGGUGGUAAAGUCGUUAUCACCGAGGACGCAAAGUUCUUAAUAUCAACACUCGAUGAGGAUAUUGUUGUUACCGAACUCGAAAGCGGUAAACAAGUUCACAAGUUGGAAGGUGAUACAGAAAUUGUUACAACUAUGGCUGUUAAGCCCGAUGGAAAGCAUUUAGUCAGUGCCAGUCGAAGUUUGUUUCUUCGUGUUUGGGAUCUUGAAAAGGGAGAGAGUAUCCGUACAUUUAAAGCUCACGAUGCACCAAUUAUUGUUAUGGAUAUCGACAAGACGUCAACAUUAGUAGCUACAGGUUCUGCAGACGCCAGCAUUAAGAUUUGGGAUAUUGAUAAGGGAUUUUGUACUCACAACCUCAAGGGUCACGGUGGUGUUAUUUCAGCUGUCAAGUUCCAUAACUAUCAAGGUAAAUGGUAUGUUGCCUCUGGUGCCGAUGAUUGUCAAGUCCGUAUUUGGGAUUUGCAAACUCGUAGCUGUAUUGCCGUUUUGCAAAGUCAUGUCAGUGUCAUUCGUGGUCUUGAUUUCUCUGCCGAUGGUAAAUAUUUGAUUUCCGGUUCUCGUGAUAAGGUUGUCAAUGUUUGGGAUUGGCAAGCAAAGGAAUUGAGAGCCACUCACCCUAUUUUUGAAACUAUCGAAACUGUUGGAUUUUUGGAAAAGAAUGUGAAACUUGCUGGAAAAUUUGGCAAGCAAUGGCAGGAUGCUGAUAUUUUUUAUACUGCUGGUGAUUCCGGAAUUAUUAAACUUUGGGACCUAAAGUCCGGUAAAUUGAUCAAGGCUCAAGAACCCGAAAAGAACAGUGCACACACUAUUUCAGAUGUCAUUUAUGUCCAAAAGACUCAAAUUUUAGCCGCCGUCACCAACGAUCAAAAUAUUUUGAUGUAUUCAUUAGAGCAUAAAUUGGAGCGUGUCAAGCAAAUUGUCGGUUAUAACGAUGAAGUAGUUGAUGUUGCAUAUUUGGGCGAGAAGGAAACACAUUUAGCUGCUGCUACCAACAGUGCUCAAUUAAGAGUCUACAACGUCGGAACACAGGAUUGUGAUCUUUUAUAUGGUCACAAUGAUAUGAUUAUUUCGUUGGAUAAGUCCAAGGAUGGUAAUCUUGUUGUUACAGCAUCUAAAGAUAAAACAGCCCGUAUUUGGAAAAUCGAUUUAGAAAACGAAGAUCAAAAUGAAAGAUUUAAGAGCGCUGGUGUGUGUAUUGGUCACACAGAAUCUGUCGGUGCUGUUGCUCUUUCCAGAAAAUCCAACACAUUCAUGAUUACUGGUAGUCAAGAUAGAACCAUCAAAUACUGGAAUUUGAGAGAUUUAGAUUUAGAAGACCCCGAUGAAGAAUAUAGACCAAAGUCCUUGUAUACUCACCAAGCUCAUGAAAAGGAUAUUAACACCAUUUGUGUUGCACCCAAUGACAAAUUUUUUGCCACUGGUUCACAGGAUAAGACAGCCAAGCUCUGGAAUGUGGAUACUGGUGAAUUAGUUGGUACAAUGAAGGGACACAAGCGUGGUGUUUGGUGUGCACAGUUCUCCCCCGUUGAUCAAGUUUUAGCUACCAGUUCCGGUGAUAAAACUGUAAAGAUUUGGAGUUUGAAGGAUUUCACUUGUCUCAAGACUUUUGAAGGUCACACAAAUUCUGUCUUGCGUGUCGAUUUCUUGACAGCUGGUAUGCAAUUAGUCUCAGCUGCAUCAGAUGGCUUGGUCAAGGUGUGGACAAUCAAAACAAACGAAUGUGCCUCAACACUUGAUAAUCACACACAAAAGGUCUGGGCUUUGGCUAUUCGUAAGGAUGAAAAGGUCAUCGUCUCUGCCGGUGCUGAUUCCGUCAUUAAUUUUUGGGAAGACGUUACCUUGCAAGAGCAAGAAGAAGAAUUAAAGGAUAAGGAGGAGUUAAUCAUCAAGGAACAAGAAUUACAAAACUUCAUGCGCAAAAAGGAUUAUUUAAACGCUAUUUUAUUAGCAUUAUCCUUAGAGCAACCUUUCCGUUUGUUAGGUUUAUUUAGACAAGUUUUUGAAUCAAGACCUGAGAACGAUGAAAGUAUCACUGGAGCAGAAAGCGUAGACAGAAUUCUUGCAGAGAUGUCUAAAGAUAAUCUCGAAAAGCUAUUAGGCUAUAUCAGAGAUUGGAAUACCAACGCUAAACACUCAGACAUUGCUCAAACUGUCCUUCAUGCCAUUCUUUCAUCUCAUACAUCAGAAGAAUUAGUAGAAAUUCCUACUGCUAAAGAGAUUAUUGAUGGAUUAUUACCAUACACCGAUCGUCAUUAUCAACGUAUUGAUGAUCUCAUUACUCAAUCAUUUAUCAUUGAUUAUACACUUCAAGCACAAAAAUAAGCAACUCCCCCUCUUUUUAAACUAAAAAGUUGUUAAAUAAUUUUGAUAUUUUGUAACAUUUUUAAUUAUCAAUAAAAACCUGUAAUUUUUCUUUCCUUCUA